AGUUCUCAUUUUGUGCAUCGUUUCUCACAGUAAUGAAGCUCGCUGUGUUUCUCCUGCUGAGCUUCGGAGGAGCGCUCAGCCUCAAACUAUGCUCCUUUAACAUCAGAUCCUUUGGAAGAAGAAAAAUUUCAAAACCUGAAGUACGGAAUGUGAUACUGGAGACCAUCACCCGCUGUGACCUCAUGCUCAUCAUGGAAAUCAAAGAUUCUAAGGGAGAAGUGUUUCCUCGGCUGAUGACUCACCUCAACAGGAAGUACAAUAGGCAGACGCCUGAAUACGACUACGUGAUCAGUAAGAGAUUGGGGCGAAAAUCAUACAAGGAGCAGUAUGGCUUUGUUUACAGGCAGAAGUUGGUGUCUGUGAAGUCGGUUUAUCAGUAUCCUGACUCACAGGCUGAAGACACUGAUGCCUUCGCUAGAGAACCUUAUGCUGUGUGGUUCUCAUCACCAACUACAGAAAUCAAGGAUUUUGUGAUCAUUCCCAUUCACACAACUCCAGAUGCAGCAGUUAAAGAAAUAGACGAGCUGUAUGAUGUUUACCAAAACAUCUCUCGACACUGGCAAUCGCAGAAUUACAUCAUCAUGGGGGACUUCAAUGCUGCCUGUGGCUAUGUCCCCAAGAGGGAAUGGCGCAACAUCCGCCUGCGCUCAGACAGCAGCUUCAGGUGGCUAACGGAUGAUAACCUAGACACUUCGGUGAGAGUGUCCACAGAAUGUGCUUAUGACAGGGUUGUUCUUCAUGGAAAGACCAUGAUCCAGGCUGUCAAACCAGAAUCAGUAGAAGUGUACGACUUCAAACAGGCAUUUGGACUCGCUGAAGAAGAGGCCUUGGCUGUGAGUGACCAUUUCCCUGUGUGCAUUACUGUAAAUGCAGCUCGGAAGAGAGGAUGAGAUUCUUUUCUGGAUCUUACAAAGCUUUUAUUUUUAAAAAAGGGGGAAAAAAACCCUGCUCUUUGCUUGCACUGUAGAGUAACUCAACUAAUCAGGCGUUACAUGAACAUUUAGGUCACAUGUUCAAGCAGUUUGUUCAUGAUGAAAAUUAAACCAUGCUUAAAGUAUCUUCUGCCUAAAGCUGCAUUGUGAUGUCCAUUACUGUAUAAGCGCUAUACAAAUAAAUUGACUCAACUUGA